AUAAAACAUAAUUUUCUUUCUUUUCUGCAGGAACUCUUUCCGAUGACAGGCCUGAAUGAUCUAAUGAGCAAAUGUGAUGAGGAACCUUUCAGAAGACCACAUAUAGUGAUACCGCCCUCAGGCUUCGUAGACUACACAGCUAAUCAGAAGUUCCACGAGGCUGCGUACGACGCCUACGUGACCGGUGUGUGCUUCGCCACCAUGGCCAACUAUAUUGGCACUUUCUUGACCCCGCCCAAGCCCAGAGUGUCCCCGACGUCAAACCUCAUCGAACCAUUCCUCAAUAAGAUGUUUCUACACAGAAUUGCAGAUAUGCCAUACUUGAAUUUAGACGGACCAGAUUUGCAACCUUCCAGAGAUCACAUCUUCCAUGUGCGCUUUCCGUCGGAAUGGAAAUCAACUGACCUCUAUGACCUCUUCACUCCCUUUGGCAACAUCAUGAUUAGCUGGAUUGACGACAAGUCCGCUAUGGUUGGCUUGAUGAAGAAAGAUAGAGCCUCACAGGUUCGACGGACCCUAGAGAAGAACCCUCUCUACCAGGUCACAUCCUACGCGGACUACAAGAAAUCUCAGUUCAUGGCUGGAGACUUUGUCCCCUUCCCAGCUUUCCAAGAAGCCCCCUCCUCCGCCGAGGCGAAGACACCCGGGAGCCCUCGUGGAAAGAAGCGUGCCAUGGUUGACGAGUCCCCGGAUAAAUUGGCCGAUUUCGACGACCCAGAGGUCGCUAGCUUUAUGUCAAGUACGGCCAAGAAGCUCAAACAGAUGGAUCCAAAUGCUACCCCCUUUGUCUCGAGAAAGAGCGUUACGCCACCUAUACCAUCUUCAGAAGGCAAGAAACUAGAUAGAGCAAGCAGCGAGGAUAAUGAGGCUGCAGCCAAGGAACCUACAAAGUUGUUUGAAGAAUCCGCCAGUUGGUAGGGGCAUUCUCCACUCAAGUCAGAUCUUGGAGUCAGCGAAGUUUCACUGAACGUUCUAAUCUCUUCCUGCAUGAAGACUUCAUGAUGGGAAGACGAGUAUCAAGCCGAGGUAUGUUCACACUGCAGCCA